CGAGGGGUGGCACUGCGGCGGCCGCGGUGGCUGUUGUCAGGGGCAGGCGAGCGCCCUUUCCCCGCCUCCCUUUCCUUCCCCUCCCAUUGAGCGCCUCUGGCCGAGCGCUCCCCACUUCCGCCCCCUCUGCGUGCCACUGGGACUCGCGUAGCCGAGCGAGUUGCGGCCGCGGAACCGCCGGCGCCGCCCCGCACCGCCUCUCCUCGCCUUCCUCUCCUUGCCUCUUCCUCCCGGGCCGCCGCCGCCGCCGCCGCGCCCGAGGCCUCGCGACUACCGACCCGCAGCCCGCGCCGCGGCCGACAUGAGCUUCUUGUUUGGUAGCCGCUCCUCUAAAACAUUUAAACCAAAGAAGAACAUACCAGAGGGUUCUCAUCAGUAUGAGCUCUUAAAGCAUGCAGAAGCCACACUUGGCAGUGGCAAUCUCCGGAUGGCUGUCAUGCUUCCUGAGGGAGAAGAUCUCAAUGAGUGGGUUGCAGUGAACACUGUGGAUUUUUUCAAUCAGAUCAACAUGCUUUAUGGAACAAUCACAGAUUUCUGUACAGAGGAAAGUUGUCCGGUGAUGUCAGCUGGCCCAAAAUAUGAGUAUCAUUGGGCAGAUGGAACAAACAUAAAGAAGCCCAUUAAGUGCUCUGCACCAAAGUAUAUUGAUUACUUGAUGACUUGGGUUCAGGACCAGUUGGAUGAUGAGACAUUAUUUCCUUCAAAAAUAGGUGUCCCAUUCCCGAAGAACUUCAUGUCUGUGGCAAAAACUAUACUCAAACGCCUCUUCAGGGUUUAUGCUCACAUUUAUCAUCAGCAUUUUGACCCUGUGAUCCAGCUUCAGGAGGAAGCGCAUCUGAAUACAUCUUUCAAGCACUUUAUCUUUUUUGUCCAGGAAUUUAACCUGGUUGACAGAAGAGAACUUGCACCACUCCAAGAACUGAUUGAGAAACUCACCUCAAAGGACAGAUAAGGGAUGUGAACUGUGCAAAUUGUUCCCAUGAAGUUCUGUGGAGUGUAUUUGGAUUUCGUUGUAUUUUAUUUUUGUCUCGGUUGUUUUUGUCUUAGGUUUGGGGGGCUUAUUUGUGUUCUUUUUUCUUCUGAAUAAAUGAAACCAUAUUCAAUUGCUAUGUAAAGCCAACAACCAUUCUCUAUACAUUUGAUAGGCGUAAAUUUUGUCUUAGUGGCUUUUUUUUUAACUUGGUUUUGGUUACUUGUGGAAUUUUUUAUAAUGUUGUAGGUUGAAAGAGAAUGCUUAUUGAUUGGGCUGCUCAUGGAUGGGAUUCUAUGUUGUGUAAAUUGUGGCUGAUUUUUUUAAGUCCCCAAAAGACUUAUAUUUUAUAAGUGCCUUGGCAGGCUCACUUCUGAGGUGCAAAGCACAUAGAACCAAACAGGGCUUGAAACAAUAGGAUUAUUACCCAGAGCACUUACUGAUGCAUGUUUUAAAAUAUCUAUGACAAAAGCCAUAGUUUACCUGAAUUGAUGAUCUCUAGCUUUUACUACAUCGAAGAAACACAAUUUGUAAAGGUGUGCAUGUAGAGCAUAAAAAAAUUAGUAUUUCUUAAUUAUUUUUCAUAUUGAUGGUAAUUCUGUUCAACAGAUGCUUAAAGUUCCACAAGCAGGUCUUUUUCCAUCUCUUUACUGUGAUAUUGAAACUUGAGGAUGUUGAAAUGCAAUAUCUGUUGCAUUUUGGCUUCUUUCUACAUGUUAACUGCACUGUAGGUGUGAAUAUUCAGGUUUAUGUACAGGUUUGCCAUCUUCAGAGGUGAUGCUGAACUGUGAGGUUUCUUAGCAAUUGCCAAAUGAGCCAUAAGUCUGCAGAAUCUCCUCCUACUUUGAAGAAGCUUUGAUAGGAGUGUGUGUUCUGUUAUAGGGGAUUAGCUUGUGUAGGGAGUUAAAGAUGGAAUUAACUGUGGAGAGUCAAGUUCAAGAAAGUCCUGUCUUAAAACCCUUGAAUAGAAUGGCAUGAAGAUUUUAAUCAAUUUCGUGUAAGCAUAGUCUUAGAGACUUCUUUUUAGGAAUCAACUUCCAUAGAGAAGUUAAAAAUAAGUUAUUAAUUUUAGGUAUAGAUAUUAAAUAAGGAAUAAAGGACUAUUUGGGAACAUUGACCACUUUCCAGCACUUCCAUUCAGUGAAUGGAGCUGGUGUUUGCCUGUCAUUUUAAAUGAUACAGUACAUUCUUUGCUUAUUAUAGGCUCUAUUUGAAGCAUUCUGACAGCUGAUUUUCCACUGUGAAAGGAAAUAAUUUUCUUUGCAGUGAUAUUUAACAAUGAAAGUGCUAAUUCAGAGAUUAUUAACUUUAACAUUUUAGUUUCCUUGACUUUUUAGUGAAUUAUUCCCAUAAGUUUUGAAAAUUGAUUUUUAAAAUAAAUAUUAACAUUUUCACUUUACUUUUAUUCUUGAGAUAUAUUCUUUUUAGACUUUGUUUUAAUUUUCUCAUUUCCAGUAAAGCUAUCCCUUCAGUUUGAAAUAUAUACUCUUUUUUUUUUAGUUAGAAAUAUAUACCCUUUUCCUUGUAGAAUAGAAAUCUUGCUCUGAAAUUGUAUAGACUAAAAAUACUAAGAAUCUAAAAUGAAAUCAGUUAGGUUUUGCUCUUAACAAGUAGAGCCAUGAUACAGUUUAAUUACAUUAUAAUUACAAUCACUAGGAACUGCCUUUUUUCCCAUUUCAUUUAUAGCCAUCAUUCUCAAGUACCAACCAUAGAAAUAACAGGAGAGCCUGGCAGAGAUAUACUGGACAUUCAUUGGUAAUACUUAGUUAAAAAUUACAGUGAGAACUAGCUGAUGUCCUUAAAACAACUCUUUUAAUAUCCAGAUCUUUUAGCAGCCAUUAUGGGUAGAUUCAGAAGUAAAAUUCGGCAUCAACUGAUUUUGAGUUCUAUCUAUUUGGGAAAAUGAAGCACAUAAUUACUCAAGUAGUCUUCCAUACUGCAUUUGUCUUCAUAUCAACCUAGUAACAAAGAGGUUGCAAUAGCCAAAUGUAGAGAGUAUAGUAAAAAAUUGUUUUUGUUCUUUUAAGCCUUAUGCAGUAAUAUACUGUAAAAAUGGAAAAAUGUUUCCAUCAAUGAAUGUUUAGUAGUAGGACCUGCUUUCCCAUUGUAUGUAUAUAAGAGUUUGUCGUCACUGUGCCAGAAUCUCAGGUGCCUGCCUCUGAGUAUUCCUGUAAACAGUUAUUGGAAAGUAUGGAAUUAUGUAUGUGUGUAUAUGGUAACAAAGUAGUGAGGUUCUCCCAGAGGCCUGGCAUUGUACAUGGUGUUACAUGGCUAUGAGUAGGAAAACAUUCACCAGAGCAUGUGAGAAAUAACUAAUUUAAUAAAAAAUUGCUUUGAUUCGGUUAGUUCCCAUGAACCCUUUAUAAAAUAAGGAUCACAUCUUGGCUUUGCAGCAGAACUUGUUUAUAAAUGUCUAUUGAAUUCUUUCCAGAUCUCUUUGUUAAAUUUAUAAAUAACCAAGAUAAAGAUUUCCCCCCUUUUCUUUAUAUGGAAGUAUAAAACAGAAGUUGGUUUUCCCAUCUGCUAAUAAAAGCAUAAAAUAUAAAAUAGUAAGUUAACAUAGUAUUGUUUUCACAAUGCUUUGGUUAAAUAUUGAUAUGCAGCAAGUUUUAGGAAUUACUUUAAAUGGUGGCAUGAUGGUGGUGGAGAGAAUAACAGAAAGUGUGAAAAUCCUUUAGUUAGCAGUAGAUGGUGCUACUGGCUUUCAUUUGCUGACUUGAUUAUUCUGUUUCCCAUAAAAACCCAUUGUAUUAAACUGCACUGAAACAGUAAACAUUUUGUUAGUUAGCUGGUAGAAGCUUUGGAAGUCAGUUUACCUUAACUUGAGAGAUUUUAGAUUGCUAUUGCUUUUUACCUUCGUUAUCUGUAAAUUCUAACUGAUCAGCAUAAAAUGUAUUUGGUAGGAGAUGACCUGUUUAGUGGAUAACAUAUCACAGACUGAGUUACUGCCUAUUUUUAUCAGCAGAGAUAAAGCACUACAAUCGCUUUUAUUUAGAAAAUACAGAUGAUGUGGAUAUUUAUAUUUUACAUGUAAUCACCAGACUCCAUUUUAUGUAUUAGCAUUUUCCUUGCUUAUGGGAAAAUAGCAAAAUGACAGAUUUAUUUUAUACCUUUGUCUACCCCUCUCUGAGAGAGGUUUUGAUAACCACUGAAAUGGUAAAAUAUGUGAGAUGCAAUUGCUACGUUGUAGGACUUUCUUUUAAAAUAAACGUUAUUCCUUAAACAUCCAAAUGAGAGUAGAUCUUCAGGGUGGUUCCUUUGGGAGCACUGCUUAUUCCAGCUAUGCUGCAAAGGUGUAAAGUUUUUGGAAUGCUUUCAAAGAAGCCUUGAGAAUCAGUGUAUGACUAUGCAAGAUAAUCUAUUUCAUCAUUUUAGUUGCACCAAAACCUCGUUUUGGCAACUUAAUUAUGACUAUCUCAUUCACCAAACCAACUCUGCUUUGCUGUUUUCUUGGAACUAAACCAUGAAGGAAGUUCAAUAGAAUGUACCAUAGGUUCUGAAAUUUGCAGAAGAGUGUGUUUUGAGCAUAGGUAGCAUCAUAUAAUAAUGAAUUGUUUCCUGAUGUCACUUCUUUGAAGUACACAGUAUCAUUUGGAUGUAUAGGUUUUAUUUUUUUUAAUUUAGUUUAAUUGUCUUAUAGUUAAGUAUAAUAAUAAAAAAAAGUCUUUAUCUUGUUUUCUAUUUUUUUCCUUUCCCUGAUAACUCUUGAAUUCAAUCUUGACUACUGUAAAAUAGUUUUAAGGGAUAGUAAGAAAAACAUGGAUCCAAUAUUUAAGAUAGAAGUAGCCUAAGGGAAACAAUAGCCUUUACCUCCAUCCCUUUUUUAAAAAACCAUUUUCACUCAGAUGAACAAUUUGAAUUUAAAGACUAGAGAUCAUUUUACAAAGAAAUUGGAAUAAGUUUUAUAUAUUAAUUAGGCUGACUUUUAAGCCUACAUAUCACAGAUAAAAUAUUUAAAACUAUAUAACCAUUUCAUAUGUCAUUUAUAAAUUUAAAAUUAUGAAUGUCUUUUUAAAAGAUAUGGGGCCAGAAGUCUAUUUCUAAUUUGAAAAUGAGUCUGCAUACCAAGAGAAAAUGUUACUUAUUUAGAAACUUAUCUGGGAUAUUAAAGAGUAUGUCAAUUCUUAGAAAUGCUAUUCUACAUCUACUUUUUAAGGAUCAUUCCUAAAGUAAUUUCAAUAUUAGACUUUUGUCAUAAUGUUAAGAAGAUUCACCAUAGGAAUUACUGUUGUUCAGCUGCCAGUUUAAUGGUAUAUGAGAUAAAUGUUUAGAGAGAAAACUCUCAAGAUUGAAUGAAAAAGUUUAAUUUUAAGAUAUAAUAACAAUUCUGACUGCAGACAGUUUGAAUUUUUAGGGUUUUCCUAAUGAGCUAAUCAUAUGGAAGAAUUCAUUUUGAAGGUAUAAAACUGUGCUCCAUGUCUGCUACUUGUAGCUAAAUUGAUACAGAAUUGUGACAAAAGAUAGUACAUAUUGAGUAUUCUCAGUUUUGCUAGUGUGAAUUUCUUUUUCUACAUAUAAUACUACACAUAGAUAACUUUGGAUUACAGUUCUCCAAGACAGUGGAAUCACUGGCCUUUUCCAGCUCACAUCCCCUUCUCCUUGGAGGUAAAUUACUUCCUUUACUGCUAUUGACUUUCCAUAUCUCCUAUCCCCCCAAAACGCACCACUUGGAAAACAAACAGGUCGAUUGUGCAAGUCCUCAUUGUUAGUGCUUCCGAGGUACUUGCUGUCAACAUGUAGGCUUCAGCUGAAGUGUUGAAAAAUGCACUUACAUAGGCAUUCUUCUUUUUUUUGGCUGACAGCUUUCUUUAAAUAUGUCACUGAAGCUGAGAUCAUUAGUGAUAAAAUUAAACAUUUUUGUUAAUAUUUAAUUUCUCACAUAUUAUUUUUAUGUGUGGGUGUUUCUUACUGGUUUGCACAUCUUUUCCUUUUUACUUUGUUUCUGAAAUACUUAAUAUUAUGUAGGUUUUAAAAUAGAUUACAUUUUCAUUUUAAGAAUACUUUUCUCCUUAAAUUGUUUUGCUGAGAUAACUAUUUUUAGGGGAAAUAGUUUUUUAAAGCAACUAAAUUGUAUUUGUUAUUUUUGUACAUGCAUAACUAGGGUGCUGAGGGUACUAAUGUGGGAGGACACUUAACUUUUGUUCUAGUUGAACUUUUCUUAUACAUUAUUACUUAAAAUUAUCUAGAAACAGUGUCAUGAAAUCUAGGUUGAGAGAGAAUACAGUGUACAUGAGACAGUUAAAGUCUGAAUAGAAAUUAUUUAUGGGGACAAAAGCAGAAUAAUACUGUCAGUGCCAUCUAAUGGAAACAUAGGGUCAGCAUUCACAUUGUACAAGUAUUUCAGAGGAUGUGUAAAGACAGGGAUUCAGCUCUACUGGAGGCAGACAAUUUCUCUAUUAAAGUAGCUGGGAGGGGAAAAAUGAUCUAAAAUAUGAAAUGUAACAUCGACGCUAUGUUGUAAACUGUGCCAAGAUUACUCAAAUUGUAGUUAUUGGUCAAAGUUUAACUGCUUUGUCAUUUUUAUUUUAAAAGGAUACUGAAUGUCAGAAAAUCUGUAAUAUGUUUUAGUUGAGAGAUGUAAAUAAUGUAUUUACAGAUUUGUAUGUGAUGGGAUGGGAAGAAAUAUUUAAAUUCUAGGUUUUUUUAAAGGAAGAUACUGAAUGUUUAUUACAAAAAUAAAUAGUUAUGUUUGGCCAUGAA